AUGGGAGAUGUGGUCUCCACGCACCUGGACGAGGGUCGCCGCCAGCACAUCGCGGAGAAGACGGGGAAGGUGCUGGGGGAGUUCUGCCGGUGCUACAAGGAGCAGUUUGGAGUAGCUCUCUUCAACAGCGUGCGCUAUGAGAUCGAGGGCACGGGGGGCCCGCAGGCACAGCUGCUGCACCGCAAGGUUCCACUGGAGGACCACGUCAUCUACUCAGGCAACAUCUUCCAGUACAUCGAGGAGAACAAGAAGUGGAGGAACCGUUUCUGCGUGGUGCCACACAACUAUGGGCUGGUCCUCUACGAGAACAAACUGGCCUAUGAGCGGGAGCUGCCACCCCGGGUGCUGGUCAACAGCGCUGGCUACAAGAUCCUCACCUCCGUGGAGCAGUACCUGGAGCUGGUCAACAACAGCCUGCCUGGUGUGACCCCGAAAUCGGGGCACUCUCCCAUCCUGAAGUGCCCCACGGAUUUCCCACUGAUCCUGUGGCACCCCUAUGCCCGGCACUAUUAUUUCUGUGUGAUGACGGGCAAGGAGCAGGACAAGUGGCGGGCGGUGUUCCAGGACUGCGUGCGGCACUGCAACAACGGGAUCUCCGAGGACUCCAAGGUGGAGGCUCCAGCCUUCACGGACGCCAUCCGCAUGUACCGGCAGUCCAAGGAGCAGUACGGCACCUGGGACAUGCUCUGCGGCAACGAGACCCAGGUCCUGAGCAACCUGGUGAUGGAGGAGCUGCUGCCCGAGCUGAGGAGCACCAUCGGGCCCCGGCUGAAGGGCAAAGCCCCGGAGCGCCAGCGGACCUGGAUCCAGGUGUCAGAUGCUGUCUAUAGGAUGGUCUAUGAGCUGGCCAAGGCCCAGUAUGAUGCAGCAGUGGCCAGGUGUGAGCAGGAGCGGCCGCAGCUGGAGAGCACCAUCCGCACGGACAUGGACCAGAUCAUCACCUCCAAGGAGCACCUGGCCAGCAAGAUCCGAGCCUUUGUCCUGCCCAAGGCAGAGGUCUGUGUCCGUAACCACGUCCAGCCCUACAUCUCCUCCAUCCUGGAGGCCCUGAUGACCCCCACGAGCCAGGGCUUUGCCGAGGUGAGGGAGGUGUUCUUCAAGGAGGUCACUGACAUGAACAUGAACGUCGUCAACGAGGGCGGCCUGGAGAAGCUGGUGGAGUACAUGGAGAAGCUCUCCCACCUGGCCUUCCACCCCGUGAAGAUGCAGUCGUGCUAUGAGAAGAUGGACCAGCUGAAACUGGAGGGUCUGCAGCAGCGAUUCGAUGUCUCCAGCACGUCUGUCUUCAAGCAGAGGGCCCAGAUCCACAUGAGACAGCAAAUGGACGAUGCUGUGUACACCUUCGAGACACUGCUGCACCAGGAGCUGGGCAAGCUGCAGGGCAAGGACGACCUGUGCAAAUCCAUCCAGCGCAUCCUCGAGAGGGUGCUCAAGAAAUUUGACUAUGACAGCAGCACUGUGAGGAAGAAGUUCUUCAGAGAGGCCCUGCUGCAAAUCACCAUCCCCUUCCUGCUGAAAAAGCUGGCACCCACCUGCAAGGGGGAAUUAGCCAAGUUUCAGGAGCUGAUCUUUGAGGACUUUGCCAGCUUCAUCCUGGUGGAGAACACCUACGAGGAGGUGGUGCUGCAGUCAGUGAUGAAAGACAUCAUGCAAGCUGUGAAGGAGGCGGCCGUGCAGCGGAAGCACAACCUGUACAGGGACAGCAUGGUGAUGCACAACAGCGAUCCCAACCUGCACCUGCUGGGCGAGGGGCUGGCCAUCGACUGGAGCGAGGAGUACAGCGGGCAGCCCGAGGCCGAGCGGCGCCGCAGGGCCAAGCAGGUGGUGUCGGUCAUCCAGGACGACGAGGGGGCCCUGCCCUACGGGGCCGAGGCACUGCUGCAGCCCGGCUCCCCCGAGGCACGGCAGCCAGAGGAGGCACAGCCCGGGCUGCCCCCCAGCCCCGGGGAUGCGGUGAAGGAGAUCCGGGAGGCGCUGGCACAGGAGAGCCUCGGGGAUGGCGCAGCACAGGAGCGGCUGAUGAACGGCACCGACAGCGGUGGUGCCAGCGAGGAGGGGGCGCUGCUGCCCGGGGCUGCCCAAGGGGAUGGCACACACACCUGCAGCUGA